AUGGCUCCUACAAUCCUAAUCGUGGGUGCAACAGGUAAUACGGGUCGAAGUGUGGUGGAGACCCUUUCGGACUCAAUAAACACUAGCGAAGCACUUGCAGGACAUCGCAUCAUUGCUCUCACACGUUCCUCGAACAGCUCUGUUGCACAGAAACUUGCCAAACUCCCGAAUGUGUCUAUCGAAGAGAAGAAUUGGGUGGACAUCAGCCCCGACUGGCUCCGUGAACGCAAUGUUGUCAAGGCCUUUAUUGCUUCUCACAACGAACCCUCCCAUUUUGCAGACGAAUCAACAUUCCACCUCGCUGCCCUUCACGCUGGUGUAAAAUAUGUCGUGCGCAUCUCUACCACCGCUGCUAACGUUCACCCUGACUAUCCGGCAUACUACCCGCGGCAACAUUGGGCAAUCGAGGCGUUAUUGAAUUCACCAGAGUUUGAAAAGCUACAAUGGACAUCUCUGCAGCCAAAUACCUUCACCACCAUGGCCCUUGGGCCUGCCCUGGAGCUCAUCAAGCAGUAUCGUAAAGAUGGCAAGCAAGACACACUGGUCUUGAUGGCUGAUGAAGAUGCGCGCGUUGGAUACGUUCAUCCCGACGAUGUUGGUCGCUUUGCGGCUGUACUUCUCUGCCAGGAAGAUUAUUCCGUCCAUAAUAAGGCCAAAUAUGUGCUUAAUGGUCCGGAGGAUAUCACAGGGAAGCAAAUCGUGAAGUUGGUUGAGCAAUAUAUAGGAACACAGGUCAAGAACGUCAAAUUUAGAGAUAUGAGCUUCAUUGAUUCUGCGGCGGCUUCGGUUAAGGAGAACAAAAGCCUCAUUUUAUCCAUCAAGUAUGCCCCUGUUACAGCCUGGGAAGGAAAGUGCUCGGUCGCAACAACUAGCAAGGAGGUUAAGGAGCUAGCUGCACCACAAAUUACCCCUGCUGGAUGGCUGAAGAGUGCUCUAGAAGCAUAA